AUGUUGUCAGUUUCAAAGAGGAAAAACGAACCUGCCCACUAUAUGUUGAAGAUUGAGUCUUUUUCUCUUCUUGCUGAAGCUAAAUCCAUCAAAAUUGAAUCUGAUGUUUUCGAAGCCAGCGGUCAUAAAUGGAGACUAGAAUUGUAUCCAAAUGGAAAUGAUUUGAAAAGUGGCGGUGACAACAUAUCUUUGUAUCUUGUGAUAUGUGACACUGAAAGCCUCCGAAAGGGGUGGGAGAUAUCAACGGCGAUGGAAACAGGACAAGGUUUAGCAGUUGAGGUUUUUGUUGUUUCGGAGUUAGCACAAACAGAUCGUUGCUUAUCAUUUAUAAAGCCCUCGGCAGCUACUAGUACCUACACCUGGACGAUUGAUAAUUUUUCAAACGUGACAGAGGAAAGUAUUUAUUCAAAUGUCUUCAGAGUUGGCAAUGUCAAAUGGAAUUUAUGCCUUUAUCCAAAAGGGAACAAUACAGGGGCGGAUACUCAUUUAUCUAUCUUUUUGAAAGUAUUUGACGAUGCUUUGUUUCCUUAUGUUUGGCGAGUUUAUGCAAAUUUUAAGCUUCGGGUUAAGAAUCAAAGUUAUAAGGACGAUAUAGAACAAGGGCUUGCUUGCUGUUUCAGUCACUCUGAUGAAGUUUGGGGUAUACCUACUAUUGUGCAACUGAAUGAGCUCCAUGAAUCGGGAAACGGCUUGUUGGUGAAUGGUGUUCUUAUUGUGGAAGUCGAGUUCUUAAUGUUGGGUGCCCUCAAAAAUUUCAUCUGA